GUGGCCUGAAGGAGCUCGCAUGAAGCUCUGUAGAAAUGUCCAGAUAGUCUUCCCUCGUCCAUUUCACGAAGUUGAACGCGCUUUCACAGACUAAACCUAUGCUGCACCAAACACAUUCGUACGGAGACAAUCAUAACAAUAAACACACUGUUUAACUUUAAGUGACCAAGGGGUUAUGACGUGCCAGUGUUCAAUGACGUGCAUCCGGGUGAACAAGAGGAAAGGUUUUCGAGUGAAGAAUAAGAACAAUACUGAAAAUAAAACGGACCGAAGCGCAGCCUUUAACGAAAACAUUGUUUUCUCCCAGCGUUGAAUUCGUUUCUUGACUGAAGUAUCUUAAGACAAACGCUAAGAUGGAGGCCGGUGCUGUGAGAUGCUGGUUCAUAUUAUUUCUACCUCUAAUAGACAAAGUGUCUCUGCAGGAUCCAGGUCAUAUCACUGGAGAUGUUGGAGCGACUGUCAUCUUACCAUGUUCUUACACAGACAAAGUGUUAAAACCAGAGGAAAUUAACGUGUUUUGGAGAUACAACAUUAGUGUGGUUGUGUUGAAUAUUGAGAAAAAUAUUUCCUCAACAAAAGAACAGAAUGCAAUGUUCAAAGAUCGAAUAGAAAGCUUUUCCAACGAGAAAGGAAACUUCAGCGUCAAACUCAAAAAUCUGAGGUUCAACGAUACAGGAGAGUUCUCCUGCUCUAUCCCAAAAGUGAAAUACAAACAAAAUCUGCAAGUUAAAGUUAGAGCCCCCACCACUGCAGUGCCUACUUCAAAACCAGAGACUAACACAAGAAACUCUUCCAUCAAAACACGACCAGACGGGAUUUCAACUUUCCUGGCUGCUGUUUUGGGAGUUUAUAUUUGUUUUUGUUGUUAGAAUGUUGCAUUGCUAAACUGUUUCUCACACAGUUGUUUAAAAACAAAAAGUAAGCAGAAUUGUGUCUGUAUUAUAUUAUAAUAUGGAUAUUAAUUAUCAUUAAAAUAAAAUGUUUGCCAGAGCAAGCGCUUAAGCAUUUUUCUAAUGAAGUAGCUGGACAAUUUUGGGUUUGCUUGGAGGUGCUGACGGUCAAAUGAUGGAGAAGUGCUUACAUCCUUACUUGUUCUUUGUCCAGGUUUAAUUGAAUGGUCAAACCAGUCAGAAAGUAUUGACGUUUUUGAAUGAAUGUUUUCUGUCAGAGUAUAAUUACUGUGACGCAUGCAGCCUACACACGAGUAUUACAGCUGAUGACACUGCUAAUUAUUUUUCUUCAAUAAAUUUUUGCUUCCGUUGAUCUCA